AUGGCUACUAAAGCUUGGCUUUUCUUAAGUCUCAUUGUUGUUCUUUUCAUCGCUUCAGAGGUGGCAGCUAGAGACCUAGCUGAAAACUCAGAAAAUAAGAAUAAGGAGAAAGAAGAAAAGAUACAUACUGAGCAAAAUGGUGGAGGACCCCUACCCCCUGUAUAUGGUGGUGGAGGCCCCCUACCCCCUGUAUAUGGUGGUGGAGGCCCCGGCCCUGGAAAUGGUGGUAAUGGCGGAGGACGUGGUAGAGGCUAUUGUACCAACGGCUGCUGCUAUAGAGGCUACUACGGUGGCUGCUCACGGUGUUGUGCUUAUGCUGGUGAGGCUGUUCAAGCUCAUCCAGGGAGGACUGAGCCUGCUCACUAA